GGGGCUUAAGUUGUUUGAGGAAGUCGUUAGAACAUCCUGUUGUUUAUUGACGACAGUGUGGCUCUCUCAAAGCUCCACUAGAGGUUUUAUUAAGUCACUAAGUGUGUUAUUUGUUUUAUUCAUUGAAUGUAAAUGUUUUGGCUCACAGGAAAUGUUUGAAAGCCGAAGCAGCUGAGAUGUUUGUGUGAAGAGAGCUAAUCAUCAUCAUCAUCAUCAUCAUCAUCAUCAUGCUGCUUGUGUUGGUUUCUCUCAUCUUGGCAUCAUGUCGCUUCGGGGACGCAAAGACAAGAAAUGUCCUUUUAAUAAUUGCUGAUGAUGCAGGUUUUGAGACGGGGGUGUAUAACAAUUCUGUGGUCCACACACCCCACCUGCGCUCUCUGGCUCAGCGUAGCCUGGUGUUCAGCAACGCCUUCACCUCUGUCAGCAGCUGCUCCCCCAGCCGCUCCACCAUCCUCACCGGCCUGCCACAGCACCAGAACGGCAUGUACGGUCUUCACCAGGGUGUUCACCACUUCAAUUCAUUUGAUGGCGUGCAAAGUUUGCCGCUGCUGCUCAGCCAAGCCAACGUACACACAGGUAUAAUUGGGAAGAAGCAUGUCGGACCUGGAACUGUAUACCCUUUUGAUUUUGCCUACACAGAGGAGAACAACUCUGUCCUCCAGGUGGGGAGGAACAUCACCCGCAUCAAACUCUUGGUCCGCAAGUUUUUCCACACCCAUAAAAAUGAAGCUUUUGAACAAAGGGGAAACAAAGAAGAGAAUCAAUACAAUACCAAAGACGAAGAGAGGCCCUUUUUCCUUUAUGUUGCCUUCCAUGACACCCACCGUUGUGGACACUCACAGCCUCAGUAUGGAGCGUUCUGUGAGAAGUUUGGGAAUGGUGAAAUGGGGAUGGGUAGAAUACCUGAUUGGACACCAGAAUAUUACACACCAGAACAAGUGAAGGUUCCUCCGUUUGUGCCGGACACACCUGUAGCACGAGCCGACUUGGCUGCACAGUACACCACGGUGAGCAGGCUGGACCAAGGUAUCGGUUUGGUUCUUCAGGAGCUCAGAGACGCUGGUUAUGAGAACGACACUCUGGUCAUCUACAGCUCAGAUAACGGCAUCCCCUUCCCUAACGGCAGAACCAAUCUGUAUCGCUCGGGGACAGCAGAGCCUAUGCUGGUGUCCUCUCCUGAGCACAGGGAGCGAUGGGGAGACACCAGUCCGGCCUACGUCAGCCUGCUGGACAUCACUCCCACCAUUCUUGACUGGUUCUCUGUUCCGUACCCGUCCUACACCCUCCCCGGAAGCCCCGCCGCCCCGGUCCACCUCACCGGUCGCUCCUUACUGCCUGCUCUGGUCACUGAGCCCAGCAGCUGGCACACCGUCUACGCCAGCCAGUCCCUCCACGAGGUAACCAUGUACUACCCAACCCGCUCUGUCCACCAGGGGGCAUACCACCUUCUCCACAACCUACACUAUCGCAUGCCCUUCCCCAUCGACCAGGACCUGUAUGUGUCACCCACCUUCCAGGACCUGCUGAACCGCACCAGGCUGAGUGAGCCCACAUACUGGUUCAAAAGCCUGGAGCAGUACUACUACAGAGAGCGCUGGGAGCUGUACGACUCCAGGGCAGACCCGCUGGAAACGAGGAACCUGGUAUCAGACCCAUCCUACAGCUCCGUGCUAGAGAGCCUGAGGCAGAGUCUGCAGAAGUGGCAGUGGGAGACAGGAGACCCUUGGGUCUGUGGACCUGACUAUGUCCUGGAAGACAAACUAGAGCCGCACUGCAGACCACUCUACAAUGGACUCUGAUUGACUCUAAUGGUACUUUUACUCAUCUUGAUUGACAUGAUGUCCGCAUACAUGAACACAUUCUUCUUAUGAAAUAAAUAACAUUUAUUUUUGUAUGUCAGUGCUGCUUUUAGGGCUCAAAAUAAAGAAAACUCAAAUUGC